AAUUUAAAUUCAAAUAUAAAAUAUGGCAUAGAAUGAGAAUGAGAUUUACAGAAGAAUUAAAUUAUUAGGAGAAGGUUCUUUUGGCAAGGCAUAUUUAGUAGAAUGUAUUUAAGAUGGAACUCUUUGUGUAAUUAAAUAAGUAGAUUUAAAUUAAAUGAAAGAAGAUGAAAGAAGAGAAACAAUUAAAGAAGCAAGAAUAUUAGAAGCUUUAAGACAUCCUAAUAUAGUUAAAUUUAGAGAAGUCUAUAAAACAAAGAAAGGUAGGUUAUGUAUAGUAAUGGAUUAUGCUGAUGGUGGUGAUCUUAGUAAUAAAAUAAAAUAGACAGGAUCAUGUAUGUUUAGUGAAGUAUAGAUUCUAGAUUGGUUCACAUAAAUAUGUUUAGCAAUUAAACAUGUUCAUGAUAGAAAAAUCAUACAUAGAGAUUUAAAAACAUAAAAUAUAUUUCUUACAUAAGAUGGUAUUAUUAAAUUAGGUGAUUUUGGAAUUGCUAGAGUAUUAAAUCAUACUAGAGAAAAAUGUAAAACUAUAGUAGGAACACCUUAUUAUUUAUCACCUGAAAUUAUUGAAAGUAGAGAUUAUUCAUUUAAAACUGAUAUCUGGUCUUUAGGUAUUAUACUCUAUGAAUUAUGUGCACUUAAACCUCCAUUUAAUGCAGAAUCAUUACAUGGUUUAGCUCUUAAAAUUGUUAGAGGUCAAUAUAAUCCUAUUCCAGAUAAAUUCUCAACCAAUAUGAGAUAAUUAAUAUCAUCUUUACUUUAAGUUGAUCCUAAUAGAAGACCUAAUAUUCAUGAAGUCUUAAAAAUGUAUAUUUUAUUAUUUAUUUAUCUAUUUAGGCCUAUUAUUGUUAACAGAAUUAGAAGUGUCUUAUCAGAAAGUAUAAGAAAUGUUGAAUUCUCACAUACUAUUUUACAUAAACAAAAUUUUGUUAAUCAUAAUCUCAUUGUUCCAUAUGAUACUGAAUUAAGAGGUGUAUAUUCAUAACCAAAUCUUGGAAAAAUUUAAUAAUAAUAAUAACCAACACAAUAAUAUUAAUAGUAAUAAUAAUAACCUAGUAAUUACUUAUUAGCAUUUAAUGCUAGAGGAUAACCAUAAAAUAAUCUAUUAAAACAAAAAUAAUUAUAUUAAUAACAUUUACCAACUGUAAAUAUUUUUAUUUAUUUAUUUAGAAUUUUGAUUAUAUAUCUAAACCUGCUUAAUAAAAUUAUAAUCCAUAUAUGAAUUAUCAAAAAUAUUAAUACAAUAAAUAAUAAUAAUAAUAAUAAUAAUAAAUAUAACCAUUAUAAGUUAAUAAUAGACCUAAUAUUUCACCAUUAAAUCCAUAAAGAAAUGAUAAAUCACCAUAUUAUGAUGAUAGAUCACCAUUAAGUAAAUCACCUUUUAAUAAAGAUAUUAGAGAUAAAUCUCCUUUUGAAAUAUAAAGAGAAUAAGUAAGAUAAUAAAUAAAGAGAAAUGAAGAAAAGUUUUAAUAAUUAUAAGAAAAUAAAUAAAAAUACUUAUAACCAGAUAAGUAUGAAUUACCUAAAUUAUCUAGAGAACCAUAUUCAUAACCAUAAAUUUAAUAUAAAUAUUAAAAAUAAUAAUCUGAUCCAGUAUCAGUAGUAAAAGAAGCAAUUAAAUUAGAACCAAUUAAUAAUAAUUAAUAAUAAUAAAAAUAGGAUUUACAAUAAAGAAUAGAAUAAUAACUAUAAUAAUAAUAAUAAUAAUAAUAAUAAUAAUAAUAAUAAUAAUAAUAAUAAUAAUAAUAAUAAAAUCCUUAUACUUAAAGAGAUUAAAAAGAAUAAAGAGAUAGUGUUUACCAAGCACCAUAAACAGAAAGAAUUCAAGUAGCAUAAUAUAUUUCAUAACCUCCUCCUUCUUAAUCAUAAUAAUAAUUAGAUUCAAUAUAAAAAACAGAAUCAGUUAAACCAAGCAAAUAAUAAUUAAAAGAAAGUCAAUUAAUCUUAUAAGAAAUAAGAGAAAUAAAAAAUGAUAAUAAAGAUGAAAGAGAGAAAAUGAAAUAACUAAUGGAAAUAAGAAGACAAAGAAAUAGUAAUACAUAAUCAGAAAUCUAAGAAGUAAUAAAGGAAACAUCUAAGAAUUCAGAUGAAUAAGAAAAUGAAGCAUCAUAAUUAUUAGCAGAAUUAGAAGAUAUAGUUAUAGCUGCAGAAGGUGGUGAUGUUAAACACUCUUAAGUUAUUAAUGUAGGUGAUGGUGAUUUAAUUAAUAUGUAAUAGUCAGUAAGAGAAAGUGUUGAUAGAGAAGAUGAUGAUAGUCUAGAAUAAAAAUCUAAUGCAUCUAAUGAAAAUGCAGAAAGAGAAAACUUUUAAGAUGAUGAAGACAUUGUUUGUGAAACACCUAAAGAAUUACUUUAUCAAAUACUCUUAAGAUAAAUUGGAUAAGAAUAGUUGAAUAAAGCAUUAAAUAAAAUUUAAAAUGCUUAUUCCUAAGAUUACAUCAAUCUAAUCUAAAAUGGUUUUGAUGAAUUAUCCUAAUAUAAAGCACUUAUAUUCAUGUAUGAAUGCAUGUGA